GCCGCCGCAGCUCGCCGGGUGUGACGUACUAAUCGUGCGCCGCCACCGCCGGUGGGCCUGGGGCUCGCGGGAGGGGAAGAAGGGGGGAGAGGUGGUGGCGGCGGCGGCGGCGGCGGCGGCGGCGGCGGCGGUGGAGGCUGAAGCCGGACAGGAGGUGGCCGCGGCGGCGCGGCGCGCGGCCCAGAAGCGUUGGAAUCCUGAAUUGAGACGGCUCCGCCUGAAGACAGCAGGAGUGGCGGGGCCGCCGCCGUCGUUGGAGAGAUGAGCCGGGAAGCCUGAGGCGGAGACGCCCGCCUUCGGGCCCGUCUGCCCGGCUUCCCCGCUCCCGGGUACUGGAAGAUGAAAGAGACUAUACAAGGGUCAGGGUCAUGGGGGCCUGAGCCUCCUGGACCCGGCACAGCUUACUCAAGCCCCAGGCGGGAGCGUCUCCGUUGGCCCCCACCCCCUAAACCCCGGCUCAAGUCAGGUGGAGGGUUUGGGCCAGAUCCUGGGUCAGGGACCACAGUGCCAGCCAGACGCCUUCCUAUCCCUCGGCCCUCUUUCGAUGCUUCAGCUAGUGAAGAGGAGGAAGAGGAGGAGGAGGAGGAAGAUGAAGAUGAAGAGGAGGAAGUGGCAGCUUGGAGGCUUCCCCCUAGAUGGGGUCAACUGGGAGCCUCCCAGCGGCCUCGCCCUCCCCGCCCCACUCAUCGAAAAACCUGCUCACAGCGUCGCCGCAGAGCCAUGAGAGCCUUCCAGAUGCUGCUCUACUCAAAAAGCACCUCGCUGACAUUCCACUGGAAGCUUUGGGGGCGCCACCGGGGCCGGCGGCGGAGCCUCGCACACCCCAAGAACCAUCUCUCACCCCAGGAAGGGGGUGCAACGCCACAGGUGCCAUCCCCCUGCUGUCGUUUUGACUCCCCCCGGGGGCCACCCCCACCCCGGCUGGGUCUGCUAGGUGCUCUCAUGGCUGAGGAUGGGGUAAGAGGGUCUCUAUCAAUGCCCUCUGGCCCCCCCAUGGAGGAAGAUGGAUUGAGGUGGACUCCAAAGUCUCCUUUGCACCCUGACUCUGGCCUCCUCUCCUGUACUCUGCCCAAUGGUUUUGGGGGACCACCUGGGCCAGAAGGAGAGCGCAGCCUGGCACCCCCUGAUGCCAGCAUACUCAUCAGCAAUGUGUGCAGCAUUGGAGACCAUGUGUCUCAGGAGCUUUUUCAGGGCUCUGAUUUGGGCACUGCAGAGGAGGCAGAGCGGCCUGGGGAGAAAGCUGGCCAGCACAGCCCACUUCGGGAGGAGCACGUCACCUGUGUUCAGAGCAUCUUGGAUGAAUUCCUUCAAACUUAUGGUAGCCUCAUCCCCCUCAGCACUGAUGAGGUAGUGGAGAAGUUGGAGGACAUUUUCCAGCAGGAGUUCUCUACACCUUCCAGGAAGGGCCUGGUGCUGCAGUUGAUCCAGUCGUACCAGCGGAUGCCAGGCAACGCUAUGGUGAGGGGCUUCCGAGUGUCCUAUAAGCGGCAUGUGCUGACGAUGGACGACUUAGGGACUUUGUAUGGACAGAACUGGCUCAAUGAUCAGGUGAUGAACAUGUAUGGAGACCUUGUCAUGGACACAGUCCCUGAAAAGGUGCAUUUCUUCAACAGUUUCUUCUAUGAUAAACUCCGUACCAAGGGUUAUGAUGGGGUGAAAAGGUGGACCAAAAAUGUGGACAUCUUUAAUAAGGAGCUACUGCUAAUCCCCAUCCAUCUGGAGGUGCAUUGGUCCCUCAUCUCUGUUGAUGUGAGGCGACGCACCAUCACCUAUUUUGAUUCACAGCGCACCCUAAACCGCCGCUGCCCUAAGCAUAUUGCCAAGUAUCUACAGGCAGAGGCAGUGAAGAAAGACCGACUGGAUUUCCAUCAGGGCUGGAAAGGUUACUUCAAAAUGAAUGUGGCCAGGCAGAAUAAUGACAGUGACUGUGGCGCCUUUGUGUUGCAGUACUGCAAGCACCUGGCCCUGUCUCAGCCAUUCAGCUUCACCCAGCAGGACAUGCCCAAACUUCGCCGGCAAAUCUACAAGGAGCUGUGUCACUGCAAACUCACUGUGUGAGCCUCGUACCCCAGGCCCUGAGCCCAUUAAUGGGCAAGGGACAUGGGAGACCCUUCCCAAGAAACUCCAGUUCGUCUCCCCAUCCAAUUCCCUUUGGUUUUUUUUUUUUUUUUUCAUAUUUAAAUGUUUAAAUUGAUUUCUGUUUUUUUGGUUUUUUUUUUUUUGAGAGAACACUGAUUUCUGAUGAGCAGGGUGUGGCCAUGGAAAAGCCCUAUUCUCCCUCUAUAGGGAAAUGUUGCCUUGUGGCCUGGGUGGAGCUGUCAUUCCCCCUUGGAUGUGCAGGGGGCAGGAAAUCAGUGUGGGGGUGAUGAGUGGGCAAAGGGAUUACUGCCUGCCAGAUCUUUGAACUUUGAACUUUUUUUUUAUAUAUAUAUAUAAAUGCCACGGUCCUGCUCUGGUCAAUAAAAGGAUCCUUUGGAGAUA